AUGCACAAGUCCCGCUCGCUUCGGCGCAAACGUCAGCGCUCAGACCCGGCGACGCCUCGUCGCGGCAAUAAGAAGACGAAGAAAGCCCGUGCUGCCGCCAAUAAUACGCCUGUACUGGCUCGUAUCGAGUCCAAGAUCGUGUGGAAAGACUCGCCCGCGAACAAGAAGUUGAAGGCGUCCGGGACAGGCAAAAUGGCGUUUCGGAGGGAAGUGCAGGGCUUUGUAGGUCGCCUCGACCACGAAAGCGAGCACUCGUCUUCUUCUAGCGGUGGCGUGGACAAGGGACGUGGUCGUGCAGGUUGUUCGAGUCGGUUGAAGACAAGCACGUGGGAAGAGGAGAAAGCUGUUUCGAGACCGUUAGAGCUCCGUCGACCAAUGAGAGGCGACAAUGACUCGUCUCAUGAAUCAAAAGCAUCUGAUUCUUCUGGUGGAAGACAGCGGGUGACUGAGACAAGAGUGUUGCAGGAUGAGCUGUUUAGUACAUUGGAGCAGAAAUAUGCAAGUCCCGAGGGAGCCAGAGCUGUCACAGGCGCCAGAGUGUCGUCUCUGGACAAGCAACAGCCUUUCUGUUUGUAUCAACGGGCUUUGACUACGCCUGAAGUUGUUGCUGACUCGACUGAGGAACUUUUUAUGACAGCGACUGCUGGCUCGAGUUAUUCCUCGACGGGGGCGCAGUCGCUAGAAACACGGAAAGUGGAUAAGAUGCAAGAGGCGGAUCGAAUUUGUGUCGCUGGCGAGUCUUUAGUGGCGAGCAAUUUGCCGAACCCAAUUGAUGGUGGUAGCCAUGUUAGUAGUACACAGGAGGCUGUGAAGGUGUCGGGGGAGCCAACGGUGGUAGAGACAGACAUUUUUGACGACUUGACCGAUGAGUCGUGGGCUUUGCUCGACCAGCUCCAGAGUCAGAAGGCUCCGUUGAAGGCCACUCCACAUUCGCAGUUGAAGUUCGUCGCAGCGCAAACGGUUGUGCCAAAUGCACGGCCCGUACCACCGGUUUCAUUUCAUGAGGUGAAGGGAUCUCAAUCGAUGCUGUCAUCGAACGUAUCGGCUAUAGCGGUGCGACCAAUGCAUGACACCGAAACAGCUAACGCGACCCGGUCGCUCGAGAGCUACAAGCGCUUUUUGGUCUUGGAAAUCGACCGCAAUGUUGCUGACCGCUCGCUCCUUUUGCGCCUGUUAGAUGACCAGGAUGUGCAGCUGGAGGCUCUGCUGAGCGACGACUGGUAUGAUGUGGUUGUUGACGCUGGCGACACUAUCAACAUUGUGUUUACUGUGCAGGACGACAACGGGAUUACCUCGCAAAAUGAGUAUGAGAAUCGAGUAAAUGGGCAACCGUUGCGCAUACAGGUGGAUAACGCACACAAUUUCGUGGUUGUUCACCCGGACAUUCUGGUAUCUCCUACAAGGGUGACGACGAGCUUUGGUUGCUUACGGCGAGCUGUCCUCCAGGAAACACUAGCAGUUAAUCACACGACAAACGAAAAGGCUUUUCUAGGUACACUUAAACACGAUUUGUUCGAGCGCGCGCUUCUACAUGACUUGUCCAGCACUGAGGAGUUUGCGAAAGAAGCCAGGCGGAUUGUUCAGUCCAACAUUUUGGGUCUCGUGGAAUGCGGAUUGAACGAGAAAUUGGCCACGUUGGAGAUACAAAAAGUGAUCGGCGAUUACCGAACGUGGAUGAGUGAAGCCAUCGUUGGCACUGGCACGCUAUUGAAUCAGGCACCCUCUAAAAAUCGACUGAAGGCACGGGUGAGCCGUGUUCUGGCCACGGAGGAAAUGAUGUGGUCCAUUAAGUGGGGUCUGAAAGGUGCUACGGAUGCCUCCGUCGAAGGAACUAUCGUUGGUCAGGGGCCAAGGAAUGAUGUGUGUGCAGAGACUAAAGUCUUGCCCCUCGAGCUGAAAACUGGAAGUAAAAGGUACGAGCACCAGGGUCAAGUAAUGCUGUACACGCUCCUGCUGAAUGAGCGCUACCGUCAACGGAGCCAGGAUGGAUUGCUUAUCUACGUUCCGGCUAUCGAGACCAAUCGUAUCACGGCCAUAACGGCUCAUGUUCGCGGUCUCAUAAUGGCACGCAAUGGUUUUGCCAGCGCUAUCGACAAAGUGAAAGCAAUCGGUAGCUCCACAUCAGGUCAGGUCUUUCCGCCAAUGAUUCGAAACCGCGGGGAUUGUGAGCGCUGUUUUCAGGUGGACGAGUGCGUAUUGGUCCAUGCAGCAAUAGAAAACGGUACAGAAGAAUCGAGUGGUCUUGAUGAGCUUUUCACCUUCAAAACGAAGCAUCUUGGUGAGGCGGACCUAAGUUAUUUCCGGCAAUGGAACCGUCUCAUAAUGCUAGAGCAGCAGCAUGCCGAAAAACACCUCCGAGCACUUUGGCUUCAGGUUGGGCUGAAAAGAGAACUGGCUCGGGAGAGCAGCACUUGCUUAGCACAUCUCAAGUUGGUAUCUGACAAGCCGUCACAGCCAGGAUCAGGAACAAAGCGAACGCUGCGCUUUGUUCGUGACCGCCGGAAAAGAAGAGAUGUCAGCUCGAACAGCGAGGGAAGUAUAGCAGAUUGGCAGCCGACUUCAUUUGCGGGAGUGCGUUUUCGAGCGGAUGAACGUGUUAUUUUAUCAGCAGAAUCGCUAGAUGGAAAGAAUUUGCUGGUGCACGUGUCUCGUGCCAGUGUUCGCAAGAUUGAACACGGACUUAUAACGAUCGAGACUCGUCAAUGUAUUCCAUCGAUUGUGAUGAGCGGUCAGUCUGCGGUUGGGAAAGAGUACACAUGGCGCUUAGACAAAGAUGCAAUCAUGAGCGGCCUACAACGUGCGAAAGAGAAUCUCGUGCAAUUGUUUAUUGGACCUCCACCCGAGAUUAUCUCAGCUGGCACGGCACUAAGGAAUCGACCUGAGUUACACAUGCGCACGACCUCGAUAACUUCUGUGUGGGAUAGUGGUGACGACUCUGUGCCAGGUACUGGAGACGUGCGAAGACGAAACUUGAUUGUGCACCUCACUCGUCCGCAGUUUACUGCAUGCCGGGUGACUGAUCUUGUAACACAGCGGUGCCGGGACCUCUCUAUGGACAGAACUGCCGCAGCGUCUGGUCAGGCCUUGCUCGAUGCGUUUUGCAAGCUUAAUGUCGAUCAGCAGCGAGCUGUCGAGCGUGUAGUGAGCUCGCUUGACUACGCGUUAAUCCUGGGAAUGCCAGGAACAGGUAAAACUGCGACGGUCGCGUUCACCGUGCGGGUGCUACUAUUUCUCGGGUUUUCGGUUUUAGUCACGAGCUACACUCACUCUGCUGUGGAUAACCUACUUCUGAAGCUGCUCGCGUGUAACGUUCCCAUGCUUCGUAUUGGCAAUACCGCUCAAGUGCAUCCCCACAUUGCGGAGUCCACACUUGAUCGACAAGCUGAGCGCGAGGAGAUUUCGAGCGUGCAGACCAUGGAGGCCAAGUUGGUCAACGCCCAGCUCGUUGGGUGCACUUGCUUGAGCGUGAACAGCCACGUGCUGUUUAAGAAACGUCGGUUCGACUUUUGCAUCGUCGACGAGGCCACUCAAAUCACGCAGCCUGUUAUCCUGAGUGCCCUUCGCUCCGCUGAUACAUUUGUGCUGGUGGGAGACCAUUACCAGCUGCCGCCGCUCGUAGCGGAUGCUCAGGCUCGUAAAGAAGGUAUGGAUGUGAGCUUGUUUCGGCGGUUAGCAGAAGCUCACCCCGAAGCGACUCAGCAGCUGUCCUUCCAGUACCGAAUGAACAGAGACAUCAUGUUGCUGGCGAAUCGGUUGGUGUAUGGCGGUAAGCUCAAGUGUGGCUCUUUUGAAGUCGCGUCAAACCAUCUUGACGUACGGUGGCAGCGCCAAGAAUCUGGCUUACACAAACUGCCAUGGCAUAUUCAAAUACUGACGGAAAAGCAAGGUGUCAUUUUCAUGAACACAGAUACAAUGGGAAGCGCGACUACAGAGAGCGCCAAAACUGCGCAAAAAAUGGGUACAAGCGGUCGUCAACGCGUGGAAAACGUUGUUGAAGCACAGCUGAUUGCUGGAUUGGUUGAGCUCUUAGUGCUGGGCUCUGUGCCAGCCGAAGAGAUUGCAGUUAUCUCGCCUUUUCGCUCGCAGAUAGCGUUGAUACAGCAACACUUGACUGCUAUUGCUGCACACCGUCGAGCUGGUGGAUCCGACUGGGUUCACUCGGUCGAAGUGAGUACAAUCGACAAGUAUCAAGGCAAGGAUAAGGACGUGAUUCUGGUCUCGUUCGUUCGAUGCAACGAGGAAAAUCAUGUGGGUGAGCUGCUCACGGAUUGGCGACGUAUCAAUGUAGCGCUUACGCGUGCCAAGCAGAAGCUGCUCCUAGUGGGAUCCGAGUCAACACUCAGCGGUGGCAGUGCUUUCUUGCAUGAGCUCUUGUGUGUUGUCCAAGAGCAGCGAUGGGGGUACAAGCUACCAGCUGACGCUAUUGAAUCUCUCAGUCGAUUCGCUGGGAACGUCGCAGCUCCUAUCGAGCCUGACCCGGAGCAAGGUGCGACGUGUGAAUGGCGAGCACGUCAGCGCACGAAAGAUGUAAAAGUAUCGAUUCUUCAGCGCUCCGCACAUAGCAGUAAUGGGGACAUCGAGUCGCUCGUGCCGGACGUGUCAAGUCUUCCGUUGCGUCCCCACUCAAGAACUCGAUUACCUCACUUGAUGCCACUUUCGCGCGACAUAGUCGGCGAAAUGUGA